AUGAGUCCUUUGCCUUGCAACACGGUGAAGUUGCAGGCAGGACUCGUGGGAUCCGGAGUGGUCGCACAGCGCGUCGCAAAAGAGAGGCGUACAUCCGCCACAGGGUUGCAGCUGGUGAAAUUCGUGAAGAAGUUGCUGGGGCUCAUUCGGGCGGUCAAUCUCGACCACUUGGUAUCUCUAGGAACUGGGAGCCGAACCCUGAGUCUUCGAGUGAGGCGGCGAUGGAUGCUGCAAGGGCAGCUAGUGACGCUGUUGUGGCCCUACGCGACCAACAAGCUAACAGAAGUUCAGCUGCUGGAGGUUUUCAAGGACUUUGAUGUGAGUUUCAAGACUUGGCUGUUCUACGGCAACAAGCACUUCGAGACAGACCUCCAUCGAGUUGAAGUGACCCAUGCUGAUUCGAAGCCGUGCGAUUUCAAUUUUAGCUGCCUUGAUGGGUGUUCCGAGUUUCACUACAAAGGACAGAACCUUGCUGGACCAGGUGUUGGGCCUAGAACGCAUGCGUGCAGAAUAUGCACUGGAGCCGACAUCCCAGAUGACAUCAUGCUUUCAGUGCUUGCGCGUGCGCUGCCAAAGGCAAUUCAACAGCAUGUGCAAUUGCAGCUGAACGAGACGUCAAACUAUGACCAAAUGAGAGCGAUGGUGGUGAGCUAUGAGCGCACUACGACCUCAUGGUCCCCAGGCAAGAUUCACUCAGAGUUGGGCAUUUUGCCCCAAAGUCAAAAUCAGAGUUUCAAUCAAUCCUCCAACAAUACUGGUUUGGCUCCAAUGGAGAUAGGUCGGUUUGAAAAAGGGAAGAAUAAAGGAAAAUCAAAAGGAAAGAGUAAGGGUAAAGAGACCACCAAGGGUAAAGGGAAGAACAAAAGCGACAAGGGAAAAGGUAAGUCCAACAACAAGGGCUCCACUCGUACUGCAACUGCCAGUGACCAAUGUUUAUACUGCGGGAAGUACCGUCACUUCAAGCGUGACUGUUGGAAGCUUCAUGGACGUGGUGAGAAGAAUGUGAACCAGGUUGAAUCCAAUGCUUCGAACAAUGCAGCCAGUGCCUCAAGCAACUCUUCGACUAGCAGUGGUGCUACUAGCUCUUCUGGUGUGAAUGGCUCUGUGCGUCUUUUCACUGGACUUCAUGAAUCACAUGGACCCAUCAUAGAAGAUUUGGAUGAAGAUGUUGAAAUCAAAGAUCUAACUGGUUACGACUCCUUUGGUGCAUGCAACAUGUUUUCACAAGUUUCUACAGACUAUUCAAACGAAUGGUUUGGCUGGGACGACACCGCAGAAGCUGAGGGUGUUUACACAGCGUGUUGCAGCCGUUUUGACUGUCUUAUUCUGACCAUGACGAUGUUUGGACAUGUUUAG